AUGUCGAUCAAGCCCAAGUGGCUGCGAGAUAUUGCUUCCCUAGUCUUCACCGUCUACUAUCUGAUCGCUGCCGAACAGGCGGAUGAGAAGGUUCGGAAAGUCCGAGGCACAUUGACCCUCGAGCACCUACGUGUUUCAUGGAAUAAAGCAACUACGCCGUAUCUGUGGACGAUGGCGAAACUACUUCGUCCUCGACUAACUCGGUAUUCGGCCCGGGCAAUUCGCAUUCCGCGACCAAAGCACUCAGUCCACAAAGAUCCCGUCAAUGCAUGGCUUUACUUUGAUGGUCCACUAAGUGCGUUGCGCGACCAGAAGUGCCUGGUAUUAGAUAUUCCGGGUGGCGGCUUUGUCGCUAUGGGCCCUCGAAGCUCAGAGGACAAAUUACUCUCCUGGGCGGGACAACUCAAAGUUCCAGUAUUGAGUGUCGAUUACAAAAAGGCACCCGAAUAUGCCUACCCCUAUGCACUCCAUGAGUGCUAUGACGUCUAUCAUACCAUAAUGGCUACGAAUGGGCGCUGUUUGGGAAUGAGCGGCUCAGCACGCCCGCGCAUCGUCGUAACUGGGGAGAGCGCCGGUGGCAAUCUGGCAGUUGGAAUGACCUUGAUGGUUCUUCAAUCGGCGAUGGAGCAGGGCUGGAAAGGUGAAGAAGUACUACCAAAGCCCGAUGGUCUGGUCCUAGCAUACCCUGCACUCAACGUGAGAGUUGAAAGUUGGAUGACCGAUGAGCAAAUGGCUCUGAUCCAAGACAAGAGUACACGCCAGACAAACAGCGGCAUUCUCCAGAGGAAGCAGGAUCAAUACCGCAAGCUGACUCCGUUCACUUCCCCUGGACAUUCGGUUGAAGACCUGACCAAGCUUCCGUCGGAGGAAAAGCAGAAAGAGGAGGCAAAUAAUGUUGCCGCAGAAGCUUCAAAGGCACUUCGGGACAAGCUCAAAAAGACCGAGGAGAUCAAUGGGAAGGUUGUUCAACAGACGUUCCCAAAGACUUACAUUUUGACGGGGGAGCGUGAUCCACUUGUCGAUGACACUGUCAUCUUUGCCGGACGUCUUCGCCAAGCCAAACUGCACCUUUUCCAUGAACGUCAAGAUCUUGGUCUUGAAAAGUCUCAACGCCAGUUCAACGAAAAGGAUCACGUAGAGGUAUCCUUAAUCCCAGGUGUUUCUCAUGGGUUCAUACAAAUGGCUGGAUUCUUCCCCGACGCCUGGAAGUAUAUCAAUCGCAGCGCGAAGUGGAUUGAGUCUAUCUUCGAGUCGACGGACCUUCAUGAAUCAGAAUAUAGCCUCCUUCAGCUAUCCCACGCAUCCAACACCACAUCUGAAAAGAGGAAGGGGCCAUACAAAGCGGGUUGGCAGACAAACGGUCAUUCUAGACAUCACCACCGCAAUUUAACUGGAGAGUCUUCUGCAGACGAAGAUAGACCUCUGGAAAUGGGCCUGAGCAAGUUGACAUCGCUCCCUGAAAAUGAAAACGCCAACGCAAGUUCGAGUUUACUCUCACGCCGGAAACUAUCUCGUUCAUCAUUCUCAUCGUCCCAGCUCAAAAGUGGCCUUGCAAACCUCGACGAUAGUACGGGAAGUGGAAAUGAUUUCUUGGCGAAGCUUAAGAAGCUAGAGAUGACCGCCAACCAUGAUACCUUCCACCCUGAUGAAGUCAACAGCGCUCCCGAGAGUCCUUCCGCGUUCCGCCCGCGAGGUAAGAGUAUAGCUUCACUCGAUAGUGAAGAGGAUCUACUUGAUCGAAGAAUGAAUGGAAUCGCUGGUGGGCUCAUGGGGUUGGGCGAAGGAGCUCAAACUCCAGGUCUCUGA